CAUUUGAUGCUGUCUUAAACCUCUCCAAGACCUCCAGUGAUUGGCUAUCUAUCUCCUCUUCUAACCACUGACGAAAACACACAUGUCCCAAUUCUUCAACUGAACUGAAACACACACGUCCUCCUCCUCCCUCGUAUCUUCAAGUUCAAUGGCUUCUCUUGACAUCUCCACACCUCUUAUCUUCAAGCUCAACUCCUCUGCUAAGCCGCGGAAGCUUUUCUCUUUGAAGUAUCCUUGUCGCCACAAGCACAGACCAUCGUUUUCCCUCACCAAUGCCGCCCACACCCAAACGGCACUUCCCUUCUCCAGCCGUACCACCACCCCAAAAUACAAGAUUGAGUCGGAGCAGGACCCCAUCUCCAUCCUCAACGAGAGAAUUCGGCGCCAACACCAUGGGAAGAGAGAGGGCUCAAACUCGAAGCCCAUAAUGGACUCUGAGGAGGCUGAUCAGUACAUACAGAUGGUGAAAGAGCAGCAGCAGAGAGGAUUGCAGAAGUUGAAAGGCGACAGGGUAGCAAAAGAAGGGGAUGUUUUCAGUUACAAGGUGGACCCUUAUACGCUUAGUUCCGGGGAUUAUGUUGUGCAUAAGAAGGUGGGAAUUGGGAGGUUUGUUGGGAUUAAGUUUGAUAUGUCAAAGGGUUCUUCCGAGGCUAUUGAAUAUGUGUUCAUUGAAUAUGCUGAUGGGAUGGCUAAGCUUCCUGUUAAGCAAGCUUCUCGCAUGCUUUAUCGAUAUAAUCUCCCGAAUGAUACGAAAAAGCCUCGGACCUUGAGCAAAUUGAGCGACAAUGGUGCCUGGGAAAGGAGAAAGACGAAAGGAAAGGUUGCAAUACAGAAAAUGGUGGUUGACUUAAUGGAGCUGUAUUUACAUAGGCUAAAACAAAGGAGACCUCCCUACCCAAAGACUCCUGCCAUGGUUGACUUUUCUGCUCAGUUUCCUUACGAACCCACACCAGAUCAGAAGCAGGCUUUCAUUGACGUCAUGAGGGAUUUAACCGAGAGAGAAACUCCAAUGGACCGAUUAAUUUGUGGAGAUGUUGGGUUUGGUAAAACAGAAGUUGCUUUACGUGCCAUCUUUUGUGUUGUCUCAGCUGGAAAACAAGCUAUGGUUUUAGCACCAACAAUUGUUCUAGCCAGACAGCAUUUUGACGUUAUUUCAGAACGCUUUUCCAAGUAUCCCCAUAUCAAGGUUGCGCUUCUGAGUCGGUUUCAGAGUAAAGCAGAGAAAGAGAUGUACUUGGAAAUGACUAAACAUGGUCAUUUGGACAUUAUCGUGGGAACUCACUCACUUCUUGGAAGUCGUGUUGUGUAUAACAAUCUAGGUCUUCUUGUGGUGGAUGAAGAACAGAGAUUUGGUGUCAAACAGAAGGAGAAAAUCGCUUCAUUCAAAACUUCAGUCGAUGUUCUUACUCUCACUGCAACUCCUAUACCUCGGACACUUUAUUUAGCAUUGACUGGAUUUCGGGAUGCGAGUUUAAUUUCAACUCCACCUCCAGAAAGAGUUCCUAUAAAGACUCAUCUGUCAGCAUACAGUAAAGAGAGGCUAAUAUCAGCGAUCAAAUAUGAGCUGGACCGUGGUGGUCAAGUAUUUUAUGUCUUGCCUCGUAUUAAAGGGCUGGAAGAAGUGAAGGAUUUCCUUGAACAAUCAUUUUCAAAUGUUGAAAUAGCUGUUGCACAUGGGCAGCAAUACUCAAAGCUGCUAGAGGACACCAUGGAGCAAUUCGCACAAGGUGAAAUUAAGAUUCUUAUAUGCACAAAUAUAGUAGAAAGCGGGCUUGAUAUUCAAAAUGCAAAUACCAUCAUAAUUCAGGAUGUUCAACUAUUUGGUCUAGCUCAAUUGUAUCAGUUGCGUGGAAGAGUGGGCAGGGCAGAUAAGGAAGCUCAUGCGCAUUUAUUUUACCCUGACAAGUCAAUGUUAACUGAUCAAGCGCUGGAGAGGCUAGCAGCUCUAGAAGAAUGCCAAGAACUUGGCCGAGGUUUCCAACUUGCAGAGAGAGACAUGGGUAUAAGAGGCUUUGGUACCAUCUUUGGUGAGCAACAGACCGGGGAUGUUGGGAAUGUUGGAAUUGAUUUCUUCUUUGAAAUGCUUUUCGAAAGUUUGUCCAAGGUUGACGAGCACCGUGUAAUUUCAGUUCCUUACCAGUCAGUACAGGUUGAUUUAAAUAUAAACCCUCAUCUCCCUUCUGACUACAUAAAUUCCCUGGAGAACCCCAUGGAAAUUAUUAAUGAAGCUGAGAAAGCUGCAGAGACAGAUAUUUGGAGUUUAAUGCAAUUUACAGAAAAUUUGCGUUGCCAAUAUGGAAAAGAGCCUUGCUCUAUGGAAAUUCUAUUGAAGAAGCUUUACAUUAGGAGAAUGGCAGCAGAUAUUGGGAUAAUGAGAAUUUACGCAUCUGGAAAGAUGGUUGGCAUGGAAACAAAUAUGAGUAAAAAGGUUUUUAAGCUGAUGGCAGAUUCAAUGUCAUCUGAUAUCCACAGAAACUCUUUGGUUUUUGAUGGAAACCAAAUAAAGGCUGAACUUCUUCUGGAGCUACCGAGAGCGCAACUGCUAAAUUGGGUCUUUCAAUGCAUAGCAGAACUUCAUGCUUGCCUGCCUGCCCUUAUAAAAUACUAGUAUUGCUUGCUCUGCAGAAUUAGCUCUUCCAUCAACUUUCCCUUUUGCACAGUGUCAUCAGUGAUUCUUGAAGAGGUGAAACAAGAAUGCAUAACUCCAUGUUUCAUUACACUCCGAUCUAAACCGCUCGGUUGCAGAAGCUGUAUUAUAUCCAAGUCAUGGCAGGUGGUUGGGAUUGUACUGAGGUACUGUUAUGUCAAGGUGAGUCACAGAAGCUGUAUUAUAUCCAAGUCAUGGCAGGUGGUUGGGAUUGUACUGAGGUACUGUUAUGUCAAGGAUAUAAUGGUUGGAUUUAGCUGUUCUCGCCGAUACAAAGAGCAGUUUUCUCACAGAGAAGACACAACGUAUCGGCAAUGAUGACAAGUAUCAUACCAUCCGUUCAGCAUGACCAAGAUGAACAAUAUGAAUUCAGCAAGGGGAUAGAACUCUGCUCAUUUUCCAUGCCAUUACCUCGAAGAAGCUUCCCUAUUGUUUUGCAGAACCUGGUGGGUGCAUAAGGAAUCAUUAAUGGUAUUAACUACAUCUUAGCAUGUAUUUUUGAGAAAUGCAAGAUACAAGGAUGGAUGGUUUCGUUGUUGUUUACAGGUGAUUUAGCGAAACAUUAUAUUCCUUUCAGAAAUCCUUUGUCCCUUUGAAAAAGUUCAGCGGUAUUUAAAGUUAAUUUUUAAUAUAUAAAAAAAAGGGUAGAUACUGAAGUUA